ACUUGCAGAGCAGAGAUAUCCGAGUUCCCUCCUUUGAAAUUGUCUCAUCUCAUACAAUACACACCCGAGACAUUACCACAUUCGCCCAACCCUUGUAGAGACGUCUGGACACGCUGUUGCAGCAAUGGCCUACACCGAAUUAAAGCUCUCUUUCUUUGGCUUGGCGCUACUCAUAACUGUUAAAGGCUGCACAGGUGAACUAAACAGCUGUUUUGUCGAGUGGUUUGUUCACGCGGGUAUUAGCUACAACCAAUCCCUGAUCUACGAGGAAAACGCAAUCAGAUCGCAAAUCGACAUUUACAGUAUGAAACGUGGUAUCCACCCCGGACUUGAAGCUUCGCGUGAUGACACCCCACCUAUUAUACUUUGUUUGCUGCAACUGUCAUCAGCCUGCGCUCAGUACAACGAUCCCUGCUUCAACGGAGGCACGUGCCAACUUACCAAUGGCAGUGCGUAUGCCAAUGCCAGUGUGCCGUAGGCUACACAGGCCACUUCUGUCGGACCCCACAAGACCAAGUUAUCGUGGAGAAUCUGCGAACGCAAGUGGCGGCCAUUGCGAACGACAUGGAAAUCCAGAACGGAAAGACCAAGUUGCUAGGCACAAGCUGUAACCUGCGGACCAUAGGAUACAAGUAUCAAAGCCAGCACAACCUGUUUCAAGAGAACGACGUCGGACAGUUGGCCUCUAUUACGAUCACCAAGAAACGAAGCGACACAGUGCUGAAGCUGUCCUACUCCAGUAGCAUCAGAACUCAAGGUGCUCUGGCUGCAACUCGCUGGUACUUUCAAAUCGACGGACAGGAGUGCCGAAAACCAACGCCCAUUGAUAUUGGCAUGUGGCAGGAGACGGCUGACAACACUCACGUGCCCGCCGUCCUGACAGGAAUCUGCGAGUCGAUUGCUGAGAGUGGUGCAGCUCUGGCUGCUGGGCAGCAUACGGUCACUGUACGAAUUGGCCAAAUGCUGAGUAUUCACGUUGCCGACGCAAUCUCUGGCUGGCAUACUGCGUCCAUUCUAGAAGUUCAGGAAAUGUGUCCUCAGUACUGAUUUUGUUUUGAUUCAGUACCAUGUUGGUUGAGAUGGAUGGUGGCCUCAUCAUUCUUUCUUUUAACGCACCUUUGGUGUGCAAUGUUGUUCUUCUUCCGUGGUUGGGUGCAUUUUGGCUUGUUAGUGGUAAUGAAAACCUCAGCGAUGCAAGUUUCCAUAUUAAACUAGGCUCUAGCCAAGUUCCUCAUUCACCGAUAUUUGUUCUCACCACUUUUCCUUUCACGAUAUUAAGUUACUUUUUUCACCCGACUAUUGAGAAAGGUAGCUUUAUUGAAGAGGGCGGGCAUUGCAUGAAGUGGCAGAAGUCAUCAAGUGUGCAGUGGUUUACUCUCUCAUUGCAUUUUGUUGUUGCUUUUUUACGGUAUUUUAUUUCCAUGAACUAUUUUUUUUCCCGUAGCUAUGCAAAAGACAUCAUUUUAAUAACGCCUGGCAUGUCUCGUGCCGAACCAUCAAAGACAGCUGGCCACCUUAUUCAAAUAGGGCUUUCAAUUGCAAGAUCAUAACGUGAA